AUGAGUCGGCGGUACAGAUUCAACCCCAAAGCGUUGAUUCCCCUGGUCGUCCUGCAUGGCGUGGCUGUGGUGUUCUUCAGCAGCUGGUACGUUCAGAUCGGCCCCUGCAGCUUUGCUCACCGAGGCCCCAAAGUUCACAUUUUGCUGCUGUCUUCGUGGCGAUCAGGUUCCUCCUUCCUGGGCCAGGUUUUCAGUCAGCACCCGUCUGUUUUCUAUCUCUCGGAGCCCGCCUGGCACGUGUGGACCAAGGAGUGGAAAUCUGGCGAGGGGGCUCAUCGAUUAGCAGUGAGGGAGCUCUUACGGCAUAUAUACCGGUGCGACUUCUCUGUGAUGGGCUCCUACCUUCCCGAAAAACCUAACGUGUCCUCUUUGUUUAUGUGGACUCACAGUCGGGCGCUGUGCUCGCCACCGGCCUGUCCCGUUAACGCGACCAGCGGGAUUCAGUGCCGCCAGAAAUGCGAUGCUCGCGGCUUGAAGAAGGUGGAAGAAACCUGUCGUGCGCACUCUCAUCUCGUGAUCAAAGAAACCCGAUUUUUUGAGCUGGAAUCCCUUUAUCCCCUUCUGCAAGACCCGAGCCUGGACCUGCGCAUCGUUCACCUUGUUCGAGACCCGCGGGCCGUCAUGCGGUCGAGAGAGAAAUCAGCCAAAGUCCUUCGGAGAGAUAACGCCAUCGUCCUGGAGCACCGAAACGUGCCAGCAGCCGAGGUGAAUUAUGAGGUGAUGGAGAAGAUCUGCCAGAGCCACGUCCGGAUCAACGACAGAGCCGUACGGGAACCCCCUCCGUUUCUCAAAGGCCGCUACAAACGGAUUCGCUAUGAGGACGUGGCACGCGACCCGCUGAAGGAGGUGAACAACUUUUACGAGUUUGUAGGAUUACAGAUGACCAAAAAAGUAGAGGAAUGGAUCUACGGAGUGACCCACGGAAAGGGGACAGGGACGGAUAAGGAGGCUUUUCAGAUCACCUCCAGGAACGCCAGCGAGGUCUCUCAGGCCUGGCGCACCGUGCUGCAGCACAACAAGGUGAAACGCGUCCAGGAGGUGUGCAAAGCAGCCAUGUCGCUGCUCGGCUACAGGACAGUAGACAGGGAAGAGGAGCAGAGGAGACUCGAAAUAGAUCUGCUGAGGCCGAAAGAGUUCAGCUGGGAUCUAUCUAAAACAUGAACUUUGGAUUAUCGCCAAGAGAUCCUCCCAGUUUUGCCUCCAGACGCCCCAGAGACUCUUUAUAGACCAAUCAGGUUUUUACCACCAAAGCAUCUACGUAUUUCUGACACCUAGAAAUGUUAGCUUAUUCAAAGCACACCAGCAGUCUGCUUUGCAUGAGCCUCAUUUGAAUACGUUUUUCAGCUCAGGAGUAUUGCAUGACACAUUCAGGUCAUGUUGUCACAACAAACCCACAGAUUAUUUAGUCAAAUGCACGGAGCAGUGGCCUGUCAGCCACUCUAAAUAACUUUAACGUCCUAAACUAAACAGCCUCCCCAGCUACUAUGGCUCAUC